GCCAGACUGCAGACCCCUUGUUCCCGUCCUGAUUGGGAAUUAGUGGCGAGCACGCAAUUGUCCAAAAUUUGACGUAGAGCGGCCCAGCAUUUCAAAGCACAACGCCGCGGCCGGCGAUGUGGAUGUAGGCAGAGGGGUGGGUAAGUCGACAUUUCCUGUUUCCUUUUGUCUUCCGCUACGAUCUCAAAAAGACUCCAUCUUGAUCUCGAGUUUUCGUGGAACCAGAUCUUGCACAAAGUGAACCUCGAAGAAAAGCAAUCAUACCGCAAGUGGCGAGUAUACUAUCCUACGCACACAAAUCCACAAUGGCGUUCAGGAACCGGUCAAGCUCGUCAGAGACAGAAGCAGAGUCUGGGUAUGCCAGUGGAUCAUCGACACAAUCGUUACCGGACAUAUACUUCACUCGGCCGCACUUGAAGUUCAUCAACCAGCAACUGUCGAAGUUAGAGCCGGUCGAUGUGCUGAAGUGGUGCCUUACAUCACUCCCGCAACUGUGGCAGACGUCAGCCUUCGGAUUGACAGGCCUUGCGAUCAUGGACAUGAUCUCUAAGCUUGAUUAUGCCAUCAAGCCAAACAUCGAACUCAUAUUCCUCGAUACACUCUACCACUUCUCGCAAACGCUAGAUCUUGUUGAGCGAGUGAAGGGACGGUAUCCCGACCUCAAGAUCCACACGUACAAGCCGGAGGGUUGCGAGACGACCGCGGAUUUCGAACAGAAGUUCGGCGAGCGGUUAUGGGAGGCAGAUGAAGAGCGUUAUGACUACGUAGCCAAAGUUGAGCCGGCGCAGAGAGCAUACCGUGAGCUUGAUGUCAAGGCUGUCUUGACUGGCCGAAGAAAGUCGCAGGGUGGGAAGCGUGGCGAUCUGGACAUCAUCGAAAUAGAUGAUCAGGGCGUAAUCAAGGUCAACCCGCUCGCCAACUGGACCUUUAAGCAAGUACAGGCGUACAUCAAGGAGAAUGAUGUCCCAACCAACGACCUUUUGGAUCAAGGUUAUCGGUCUGUUGGUGACUGGCACUCUACUCAGCCAGUGACGGAGAGCGAAGACGAACGCGCUGGUCGAUGGAAGGGCCGCCAAAAGACUGAGUGCGGCAUCCACAACAAGCGUUCGCGAUACGCCAUGUUCCUGCAAGAACAAGAAGACCAGCGGCAGCGGGAGCUCAGCGAGGCCAUUCAGAACGGCCUGAAGAUUGAAGCUACCUCAUAGUGAUGCCUUUUGAUUUCCGUUUGGUUCACCACUGGCGCCGGACAUGUUACGCGAUCGAUGGUGAUUGGCUUACUUGUGUAGUGCAGUUUUAGCAUUGGCGUUGGGUAUGGGGAUACCUAUCUACCUUACGAAGAAAAGCAGGCAUUGCAUUGGCAUUAGUGGGUGGCUUGAUAGACGCUUGAACAGUCCCAUCUAUAUGCAGCAAAAGCUGCCGUACCGACAUAUCUAGCACCAUUGUCUCCUGUCGGCUCCAUCGUCUCAUGUAUACCCCGGCCUCACAUUCGUGAAAUUCUGUCUACAAUGGUGACUAUCGUACCGCUGAGUCCCUGCUCUUGGUAUAGAGUUGGCGAAAUGCAUGGCGUAAGG